GCCGCUUCUCUCUCUCUCUUUCUCUCUUCGUUAAUUCGUGUUGUGGGGGACCAGGGGAGAGAAGCAGAAGAUAUCUACAAAAGAAAGAGAUACUAUGGUUCUGUCCUGUGAAAGAGGGACAGAGAGAGAGAGAGAGGGCAGGGUGUUGUGGUGCUGUAGCAGAAGAGCCCUUUUUUUUGGGGAGGAGGGCUCUACUGUUCUUGUCUAUUAAUUCAAAAUUCUCGUCCACUGAGCUUUUUGAGCUUUGAGAGGGGAAAGGAGGGUGUUGUGAUGAUCCGGUUAUGGAUUGCAGCGCUUCAUCUAGGGGAGCUUCUGGUGAGCUCUGUAGUCCAUUUUGUAUAUGGGUUUUACAUUCUCAGCACAGCUCUGGCAAUGGAUUUGUCACAGGCAUUGAAUGAAUGUUUCAAGCCCAAUGUGAAUAUUAAUACAGAUACAGAUAUGAACCUCAACUCUGCAACUGGGUUGAGAAGGGUGGACUCUAAAGCAUCAACAAACCUUGAUGAUUUACCUCCUAUUGUCUUAGUUCAUGGCAUCUUUGGCUUUGGCAAAGGGAGGUUAGGUGGUUUGUCUUAUUUUGCUGGAGCAGAGAAGAAGGAUGACCGGGUUCUUGUUCCCGACCUGGGUUCCUUAACAAGCAUGUAUGAUAGGGCUCGCGAAUUGUUUUAUUAUUUGAAAGGCGGGCAAGUGGAUUAUGGAGAAGAACACAGCAAAGCUUGUGGGCAUUCCCAGUUUGGAAGGAUUUAUGAGCAAGGGCAUUAUCCUGAAUGGGAUGAAGACCAUCCUAUUCACUUUGUUGGACAUUCUGCUGGAGCCCCAGUGGUUCGCCUUAUGCAGCAAAUGCUAGCAGACAAGGCUUUCAAGGGAUAUGAGGACACUACAGAGAACUGGAUAUUAAGUAUAACUUCUUUAUCUGGGGCGUUGAAUGGGACGACAAGAGCCUACUUUGAUGGAAUUCAACCAGAAGAUGGAAGAUCUAUGAAGCCUUUAUGUCUGCUUCAGUUUUGCCGCGUGGGUGUCAUAAUUUAUGAAUGGCUAGACAUUCCAUGGCUGAAGAACUACUAUGAUUUUGGGUUCAGCCACUUCAACAUGUCCAGGAAGAAAAUGGGUAUUUCUGGUCUUGUGGAUUGCCUCUUGGGGAACACUGGUCCUUUUGCUUCAGGUGACUGGAUGCUUCCAGACCUUUCAAUACAAGGAACCAUGCGGCUCAACUCUAACGUCAACACGUUCCCUAACACAUUCUACUUCAGCUAUGCUACAAAGAGGACUAGGAAGAACAUGGGGAUCACAGUACCUACCAACAUACUAGGUGUACACCCCCUGUUCAUUAUUAGAAUUCUGCAGAUGAGCCAAUGGCGACAUCCAUCAGAUGUACCACCUCCUUAUAAAGGAUACCGGGAUGAGGAUUGGCAAGACAAUGAUGGAGCAAUCAAUACCCUAUCUAUGACUCACCCUCGCAUCCCAGUUGAACACCCAAGCUGUUUCAUCGUGGAUGACUCUGAUUACCACCAUCUGAAACCAGGCAUCUGGUACUACAAGAUUGUUGAAGCAGAUCACAUAAUGUUUGUUGUGAAUCGGGAGAGAGCAGGAGUACUAUUUGAUUUGAUAUACGACAGUAUCUUCGAGCGCUGCAGAAAGCAUGUUUUUAGAAACAAACCAACAAUACCCAAUCAUACACAUCAGUAGCAUAAAAUGCAUUCUGAUUAUUAUACAUGUAGCAAAGGGAAUGAGAAACAAACCAUCCAAAUCAGUCCCAACACUUUCUUUUCUCCUCCCUCCCUCCCUCCCUCUCUAUCCAGUGCCUGAUUCCAACCUGAAAUACCUUGGCAGUAAUCAUGAAAGAUCAUUGUAAGAUGUAAGUUCAUGCUUAUUGAAACAUAUGAAAAGCUUGAUACUUAGUUAUAUUUUCUCAA